AUGGAUCCAUUGACUGCCACACUAAAGGAAGUGGAAGAAGAAGAGUAUGUGGAGGAAGCUAUGCAGGGUGAUAUGCCGAUGGUGAGAAGGCUGUUCGAAAAUCAGAUGCAGCCACUGGAUGACAACCACAGAGAAAAUAUUCUCCACACCAGGUGUGUUAUUAAUGGUAACCUGUGCUAUUUAAUUAUUGAUGGAGGAAGCUGUACCAAUGUUGCAAGAUCCAGGGUGCUAUGUGAUGUGGUCCUAAUGGAAGCGACCCAUGUGCUAUUAGGAAGACCAUGGCAGUAUGAUACCAAGGCAGUACAUGAUGGCUUCACCAACAAAAUCUCUUUCAAGCAAGAUGACAAGAAAAUUGUUCUCAAACCGUUAUCUCCUAGAGAGGAGCGUCCUUGCCCAAUCGACCAGCUUAUAGGAGCAACCCACAAGAAACUAAGGAGAUCGAAAGUACCCAAGAAGGACGGCUCAUGGGGGAUGUGUUCUGAUUGUAGAGCCAUAAACAACAUCACCAUCAAGUAUAGGCAUCCAAUCCCCAGGUUAGAUGAUCUUCUUGAUGAACUUGCUGAGGGAGUACGAGUGGAUGUGGAAAAGGUUAAGGCCAUCCAAGAAUGGCCAACACCUAAGACUGUUAGUGAAGUGAUGGUAUUUCAUGGUUUAGCAAGUUUCUAUAGGAGAUUUGUUAAGGAUUUUAGUACAUUGGCUGCUCCCCUGACUGAAGUUGUUAAGAAGAAUGUGGGUUUCAAAUGGGGUAAGAAACAAGAAGAGGCCUUUGCUGCCCUCAAGCAUAGAGCUUUACAAACUUGGCAACAUUACUUGUUACCCAAAGAGUAUGUCAUCCAUAGUGAUCACGAGUCCUUAAAGUACUUAAAAGGACAAGGAAAGCUUAAUAAGAGGCAUGCUAAGUGGGUAGAGUUUUUAGAGCAAUUUCCAUAUGUCAUCAAACAUAAAAAGGGGAAAGGGAAUGUAGUGGCUGAUGCACUGUCUAGGAGACAUGCUUUACUUGCUAUGCUUGAAACUAAACUGUUUGGUCUCGAGUCUUUGAAAGACAUAUAUGAGCAUGAUGUGGACUUUGCUGAAAUUUUUGCUGCAUGUGAAAAGUUUUCUGAAAAUGGUUACUAUAGGCAUAAUGGAUUCUUGUUUAAAGCAAAUAAGUUGUAUGUGCCUAAGUGUUCCAUUAGAGAGUUGCUUGCUAAAUCUGAGGUUAAACCUUAUGCAUUGUAUACUCCUUUGCCUGUUCCUGAAUAUCCUUGGACUGACAUAUCUAUGGACUUUGUUUUGAGGCUGCCCAAAACCAAGAAUGGAAAGGCUUCUAUGUUUGUUGUUGUUGACAUGUUUUCUAAGAUGGCACACUUCAUACCUUGCAUGAAAGUGGAUGACGCUUGUCAUGUGGCUGAUUUGUUUUUCAAAGAAAUAGUGCGGCUUCAUGGAUUACCGAGGAACAUUGUUAGUGAUAGGGAUGCAAAAUUCUUCGUCACUUUUGGAGGACCUUGUGGGGCAAGAUUGCAUAAGGACACACAGGCUAAGGCCGAGUAUGCAAAGAAGCUGCAUAAGCAAGUGAAGGCUCAAAUUGAAAAGAAAAAUGCGAGCUAUGCAAGGCACUUUUGGCAUCCUUUUCAAUUACGUGAGGAAGUUUCUCUCAAGGUUCCUGUUGAACCAAAUUCUGACUUAUCAAGGUUGAUUCCUUAUGGUGUCACCGUGACUUAUCUUCCAUCUCUGGAAGUGGUGACCCUCUUCGUCAACAUUCCUGUAUCAAACGUUCCACCCCGUAAGGUUCACUUCAGGUAUGAAUUACAACCAAUCUUUCAGUUGAUGUGGAAGGUUGACACUCUAUAUAAUCAAUUUCAAAACCUAAGUCCCCCAAUUGAUCACUCCCACUGA